AUGUCGUCUAUAUUUGCUUGGAACAUGUGUGGGUUCAAUCAGCCACGCAAACAAAAGACAGUAAGGCAUUGGGUUCAAGCUGCAAGACUGCCAUUUGGAUGUUUGUUGGAAACAAAGGUGAGUGUGGAGAAUUUUCAGAAAGUGUUUGAUGCGUCUUUUCCAGGGUGGAGUUGUUUACAUAACUAUUCUCAUCAUAGUUUGGGAAGGAUUUGGGUUUGUUGGUCUGAUAAAGUUGAGGUUUGUCCGGUUCUCACUAGUGCACAUAUGAUCACAAUAUGGGUGAAGUAUAAAGGUACUGGAGAUACGUUUCUAUGUUCCUUUGUUUAUGCAUCAAACUGUGCGGUUGAGAGAAGGCAGCUCUGGAGUGAGAUGGAGUUAAUUAAUGGAUCAGUGGUGGGUACAAAUAAUGCUUGGAUCAUGCAUGGAGAUUUCAAUGUUGCUUUAUCAGUGCAGGAGCAUUCUCGAGCACUAGCAACAAGAUCGGAUCAUGGUGCGAUACGAGAUUUCCAGGAGGUUGUUCACAAUUGUGACAUGAUGUAUCUAGCUCAGGUUGGAUCUUCCUUUACGUGGACAAAUUGUCAAGAUGACAAUCCUAUAAGCAAGAAGUUGGACCGGGUUAUGGCAAACAAUUGUUGGAUCAGUGCAUUUCCACAAUCCUUUACAAAUUUUGAGUCCAGUGGAGUGUCUGACCAUAUGCGAAUGCAUACGCAACUUAGAGAGGUUGCUCAGGGAAAUAUGAAGCCUUUCAAGUUUUUCAACCACGUUGCUUCGCAUCCUCGGUUCCUGGAGGUUGUCGCUAGGGUCUGGAAUGAGAUUGAGCCACUCUUUCAUUCACGCGCAGCGCUUCGUAAAUUUCAUGAAAACCUGAAGUCACUGAAGUUUGAAAUGAAGAGUCUGAAUAGGGAUAUGUAUGGAGAUCUACCAGGGCGUGUAAAGGCAGCCUAUGAAGAUCUCUGUGCAAAGCAAACAGAAGCGAUGCAGAAUCCACAUACUGCUUCUUUCGAAGCUGCUUCAGAUGCUUGGGAACACUGGCAUCAUAUCUCCGGUGUUGAAGAACAAUUUUACUAUCAAAAAUCGAGGAUUCAGUGGCUGGGGCUUGGGGACAGGAACUCGCGGUUCUUUCACAGAGUCACCCAAAACGCGAGGAAUACUAUUAGGAAGAUUGUUACAACAGAUGGCAGGAUUCUCACAUCACUGCCUGAUAUAAAGCAAGAAGCAGCUACACAUUUUGAGACGUUUCUGAAUGGCUCCCAGCCAGACUAUGUGAGGUUACCUCAGGAAGAGCUCGCUGCGCUUAUAGGUCAUCGGUGCUCCACUGAGGAAGGGAGCAGGCUUAUGAAACCAGUUCAAGCUGCUGAGAUUAAAGAAGUUCUAUUCUCUAUGCCUAGUAACAAGGCGGCUGGGCCUGAUGGUUUCCCCAUGGAGUUCUACAAGGCUGCUUAG